CCAGACUUGAAUGAGGACACCACUGAGAAAUUCAUUAAAAUAGCGUGCGUUGCCAUGAGAGGACAAGAACAUUAUGAUGCUGUACAACAUAUUGAUGUCCGUCCAGUCACCAAUUCAGCAGCUGAUGAACAUGAGACUGCAGCUAUGCAUGAAAGGACACCGACAAAGAUGGUUCCCGGACAGGCAACCACAGUUACACCUCACAAAGUUGCUUCACGCAAGAGCCCUCUGCGUAGAAACAUCUUUCGCAAACGAAAAUGCAAUGCCGUACAAUGGAAGAGAAACCAGCGAAAAGAAUUGAGAAAUAAUGGUAAAUUGUAUACAUCAAGCAGAGGAAAGAAAGUGGAGGCUAAAACCCUAGGAAAAGUUAACUGUAUCACUUGCAGAUUCAAGUGUUCCUCAAAGAUUUCAGAGGAGGAAAGACAAGAACUGUUCACAACAUACUGGCAGCUGGGAGAUUAUGACAAACAACGUUCGUUUAUAUGGCAGAAUGUUACCCAAGGAAACAAAAAGAGUACAAAAAGGAAAACAUUCUCCAAUGUGUUUCAGUUCACGGUCAAUGGAAUCAAACAUCGUGUCUGCAAACAUUUUUUUCUGAAAACACUAAGCAUUGGAAAGAAAACCAUUGAUUAUGCAAUUCAGAAGAAAUACCUGGGCACAUUUGUAGGGCAGGACAGGCGAGGAUCAAAAGCAUCUGCUAACAAGAUACCACAACCUGUUGUUAAACAGAUUCAUGACCACAUCAAAUCAUUCCCCACUAUGGAGUCUCAUUAUUCCCGUUCGACAUCCAAGAUAAGUUAUCUAGGAGCAGGGCUUAACAUCAAAAUCAUGUUCAAACUUUUCAAAGAGAAACAUUACCCAAGUGAGAAGUGUCCGAUAUCAGAAAGCUUUUAUAGAAAAGCAUUUUGUGAGAACUUCAACAUGUCCUUUCACAAACCAAAAAAAGAUCAGUGUUCUGUUUGUAAUCGUUAUGAUAAGAGAAAACGUGACGGUACUUUAAAUGAGGAUAUGGAAUUAGAAUAUAGCAGACAUCAACAGAUGAAUAUGUGGGCACGAGAGGAAAAACAAAAAGACAAAGACAAAGCAAGAAACGACAAAUCGGUUCAUGUUUCAACGUUUGAUUUGGAAGCUGUGCUACCAACUCCCUGUUCUCUUGUUGGUGAGUUGUACUACAAAAGAAAAAUAAGUUGCAACAACUUGUCGUACUAUUCACUCGCUGAUCAAAAGGGAACAUGUUACAAGGGAUGAAACUCAAGGUGGGCGUGGAGCAAAUGAGAUUGGAAGUUGCCUACUGAAACAUAUCAGCUCAGUUUCAGAGCAAACCAUCAAUUUGAAGGAAAUAACAUACUACUCUGACACAUGUG